AUGGGGGCCACAGCCAGCACCAUGAGUCUUUCCUGGCUGCCCCCUGAGAAACCCAACGGAAUCAUUCUGGAUUAUGAGAUUAAGUACCAUGAGAAGGUAGGCAACAAUGUAAGUCAACACUUCUUAUUUCCACAUUCUAUUUCACAAGUCUUAUUUUUGCGUAAAUAAUAUUGCCCCAUAGGAAAUAAUUCACCACAACAACAACAACAACAACAGUUUCUGACAAAGCCUCAAUCCUGUCCCUCUUUCCUUCCGUUGGUUCUUUCUUUCUUUCUUUCUUUCUUUCUUUCUUUCUUUCUUUCUUUCUUUCUUUCUUUCUUUCUUUCUUUCUUUCUUUCUUUCUUUCUUUCUUUCUUUCUUUCUUUCUUUCUUUCUUUCUUUCUUUCUUCCUUCCUUCCAAUAUCCUCAGACUUUUCUUUCUGUUCACCCCCUCCCCCCCACCCCUUCAUCCUUCUACGGGGGGUGGGGGGGGGGGAGAACAAAGUCUCUCAGUGUAUCUCUAUCUGUUAGUUGUUCUGUUGCUCUCCAGCUCCUAUUGCCUCGUUCUGCCACUCUUCGUCUGUUCCGCAAGAUGUUGGAUGCGGCACGCGCCACAAAGCGGGUUGGGGGAAGGCGUCCGAAUACAGAUGAUGAUGAUGAUGAUGAAUGAGGGGAUGUUGUUUGGUUUCUGAAGCAUUUCUGAAGCAUUUCUGAAGCAUUUCUAAACCGUCCUCUGUGCGUUUGGUUUGGCAGGACCAGGGAGAGGCCAUCGCCCACACCAUGACCGCCCAAAGGAGUUCUUCCCGCAUCGAGGGGCUGAAGGCCGGCAUGCCAUACGUGGUCCAGGUCCGGGCCCGCACGGUGGCCGGGUAUGGUCGCUACAGCACCCCCGCCGACUUCAGCACCAACCUGCAAAGUAUGUUUGAGUAAACUUUAUUGAUCCCCAGAGGGGACAUUGGGCUUUGUCACCAGCAUUAGAUACAGUGCAUUCGGAAAGUAUUCAGACCCCUUGACUUUUUUCACAUUUUGUUACGUUACAGCCUUAUUCUAAAAUUGAUUAAAUUAACUGUUUCCCUCAUCAAUCUACACACAUUACCCCAUAAUAACAAAGCAUAAACAGGUUUUUAGAAAUGUUUGCAAAUGUAUAUAAAAAAUGUAAAGGCACACUUCUGUCUAAAUAAGGUCCCACAGUUGACAGUGCAUGUCAGAGCAAAAACCAAGCCAUGAGGUCGAAGGAAUUGUCCGUAGAGCUCCGAGACAGGAUUGUGUCGAGGCACAGAUCUGGGGAAGGGUACCAAAACAUUUCUGCAGCAUUGAAGGUCCCCUAGAACACAGUGGCCUCCAUCAUUCUUAAAUGGAAGAAGUUUGGAACCACCAAGACUCUUCCUAGAGCUGGCUGCCCGGCCAAACUGAGCAAUCGGGGGAGAAGGACCUUGGUCAGCGAGGUGACUAAAAACCUGAUGGUCACUCUGACUGAGCUCCAGAGUUCCUCUGUGGAGAUGGGAGAACAACCAUCUCUGCAGCACUCCACCAAACAGGCCUUCAUGGUAGAGUGGCCAGAUGGAAGCCACUCCUCAGUAAAAGGCACAUGACAGCCCUCUUGGAGUUUGCCAAAAGGCACCUAAAGGACUCUCAGACCAUGAGAAACAAGAUUCUCUGGUCUGAUAAAACCAAGAUUGAACUCUUUGGCCUGAAUUCCAAGCGUCACGUCUGGAGGAAACAUGGCACCAUCCCUACGGUGAAGCAUGGUGGUGACAGCAUAAUGCUGUGGGGAUGUGUUUCAGCGGCAGGGACUGGGAGACUAGUCAGGAUCAAGGGAAAGAUGAACUGGGCAAAGUGCAGAGAGAUCCUUGAUGAAAACCUGCUCCAGAGUGCUCAGGACCUCAGACUGUGGCGAAGGUUCACCUUCCAACAGGACAACGACCCUAAAUACACAUCCAAGACAAUGCAGGAGUGGCUUCGGGACAAGUCUCUGAAUGUCCUUGAGUGGCCCAGCCAGAGCCUGGAAUUGAACCCGAUCGAACAUCUCUGGAGAUACCUGAUAAUAGCUGUGCAGCGACGCUCCCCAUCCAACCUGACAGAGCUUCAGAGGAUCUGCAGAGAAUGGGAGAAACUCCCCAAAUACAUGUGUGCCAAGAUUGUAGCGUCAUACCCAAGAAGACUCGAGGCUGUAAUCGCUGCCAAAGGUGCUUCAACAAAGUACUGAGUAAAGGGUCUGAAUACUUAUGUAAAUGUGAUAUUUCCGUUUAUUAUUUGUAAUAAAUGUGCAAAAGGAUUCUAAAAACGUGUUUUUGCUUUGUCAUUAUGGGGUAUUGUGUGUAGAUUGAUGAGGGAAAAAAUUAUUUUACCCUUUUUAUAAUAAGGCUGUAGCGUAACAAAACGUGGAAAAAAUCAAGGUGUCUGAACACUUUCCGAAUGCACUGCACAUACAGGGACGGAAUAGACGCGUGCUGUACAUCAGUAACACAUCUCUUGCGGUUCUGAUGAUGACUCACAACUCGGUUGGUGCGCUGUGCUUGCCACACUAGGUUGUGGGUUUACUUUGUGCAAAGGCAAAAUAUAGCCUAUUGGGUAAGUGUUCAUUGUAAAUCACUUUGGAUUAAAGGUGUUUACUAACUGACCAAUGGUACCUCACUAUCUACCUCCUCUUCCUAAUCCUGUUUAUUGAUUUAUUAUUAUUAUUAUUAUUAUUAUUAUUAUUAUUAUUAUUAUUAUUAUUAUUAUUUAUUAUUGACAUAAUAAACCUUUGGUGCCUGUCUGCCUGAUCAUUUAUGAAGCUACACUAUAUAUACAAAGUAUGUGGACACCCAUUCAAAUGAGUGGAUUUGGCUAUUUCAGUCACAGCCGUUGCUGACAGGUGUAUAAUAUUGAGCACACAGCCAUUCGAUCUCCAUAGAUAAAACACUGGCAGUAGAAUGGCCUUACUGAAGAGCUCAGUGACUUUCAACGUGGCACCGUCAUAAGUCAGUUUGUCAAAUGUAUGCCCUGCUAGAGCUGCCCCGGUCAACUGUAAGUGUUGUUAUUGUGAAGUGGAAAUGUCUAGGAGCAACAAUGGCUCAGCAGCGAAGUGGUAGGCCACACAAGCUCACAGAACAGGAUCGGUGAGUGAUGAAUCACGUAGCGUGUAAAAAUCGUCUGUCCUCGGUUGCAACACUUACUACCGAGUUCCAAACUGCCUCGGGAAGCAACGUCAGCACAAUAACUGUUAGUCGGUAGCUUCAUGAAAUGAGUUUCCAUGGCCGAGCAGCCGCACACAAGCCUAAGAUCACCAUGCGCAAUGCCAAGCAUUGGCUGGAGUGGUGUAAAGCUCGCAGCUGUUGGACUCUGGAGCAGUGGAAACGCGUUCUCUGGAGUGAUGAAUCACGCUUCACGAUCUGGCAGUCCAAUGGACUAAUCUGGGUUUGGCGGAUGCCAGGAUAAUGCUACCUGCCCCAAUGCAUAGUGCCAACUGUAAAGUUUGGUGGAGGAGGAAUAAUGGUCUGUGGCUGUUUUUCAUGGUUCGGGCUAGGCCCCUUAGUUCCAGUGAAGGGAAAUCUUAAUGCUACAGCAUACAAUGACAUUCUAGACGAUUCUGUGCUUUCAAGUUUGUGGCAACAGUUUGGGGAAGGCCCUUUCCUGUUUCAGCAUGACAAUGCCCCCGUGCACAAAGCGAGGUCCAUACAGAAAUGUAUUGUCGAGAUCGGUGUGGAAGAACUUGACUGGCCUGCACAGAGCCCUGACCUCAACCCCAUUGAACACCUUUGGGAUGAAUUGGAAAGCCAACUGUGAGCCAGGCCUAAUCGCCCAACAUCAGUGCCUGACCUCACUAAUGCUCUUGUGGCUGAAUGGAAGCAAGUCCCCGCAGCAAUGUUCCAACAUCUAGUGGAAAACCUUCCCAGAAGAGUGGAGGCUGUUAUAGCAGCAAACGGGGGACCAAAUCCAUAUUAAUGCCCAUAAUUUUGGAAUGAGAUAUUCGACGAGCAGGUGUCCACAUACUUUUGGUCAUGAAGUGUAUCUCCCUUUAUUUGACUAUCUUUCCAAUUUAUAUUAGAGCCAAUUAGCCUAGAGUACUAGAUUGUGAAUCUAACUGUUGAAGCUGACAAAACGUACACUGGGAAACUGCCAAAAUCCUUCCCAUACUCUUUGAUGCAAAGUGGUGAACACUGUCGUUACAUAAGCAUAUGGUUUCUAGGAGUAAGGGUAGGAAUGGUUUUCUAGAAGCGUAGGAAUGGUUUCUAGGAGUAAGUGUAGGAAUGGUAUCUAGGAGUAAGUGUAGGUUCUUUGGGUAACCCUCUCACACCAGCCUGACCUAUAACCUCUUGACCCCUAGGUGACCCCGAGAAGUCUCUUCAGGAGCAGCUGCCCCUCAUCGUGGGUUCGGCCACCGCCGGUCUAGUCUUCAUCAUAGCUGUCGUUGUCAUCGCCAUCGUCUGCCUCAGGUGAGAAUAAUUCGAUAAUAUCCAGUAAUAUUUAGUUUAUCAUUGAGACAACAUGGAAAUAGUAUCUACAUCUGACAUUGAAGCCACGUUCAUUUUCAUUUCUAGGAUUUACCCCCAUUGAUAAAAAUGAUCCCACAGCAGUUCACAAAGCUCAUGCAAUAGUACACAAUGAGGGCAUUCUUCAGUUUGUGUAUCAAUACUAGCAUACUUUUAAGUGAGAAAAUUGCAUAUUUCUCGCAAUUCCUGGUGUAUUUAUUUACAGAUUGAAACGAACUGGAAAUGUCAACUUUUGAAUGCGUUUACGUCCUGAAACCCACAGCAGACAGACAGGGACACUCAGGGACAGGGACACUCAGGGACAGGGACACUCAGGGACAGGGACACUCAGGGACAGGGACACUCAGGGACAGGGACACUCAGGACUGGCGUGCCACCUAUGGAGAUUAGCUCUAUAAAGUCCAAACACAUUUCCCUCCCAUAAACCUCGCUAGGCAAGCCCAGCCCAUUGGACACAGCAUGAGCGGCAGAUGCUAGGAGCUGAUUGGCCUGCCCUCAUGGUUGUGUCACCGCGAUUGGACGCAGGCUGACCCUACUGAAUCCCGUUGACUCUUAUUAACUCGUAGGAACUUCAACAUCCACUCAGUUCCUGUAAAAGCCUGGCUCGGCCUCACUGUGGUUGUUCAACUCUACAUAGCACUACUCAUCUUUUAAUGGGAGUCUACAUGUUGGUGAAGCGUGCGAGUUUGACACCCUUCCUUUUGGUGGCUGGUGCUCACCCAUCUCUCGCGGCAGUGGUGGAAGGGUUCGGUGUGAGCCGCCCGCUCUGAGGACUGGGCCCUCGUCACGCUGAAUGAUCUCCUUCCUACUCUCCUCCCUCAUCCCUCUCCUCCUCUCCUCCCUCUCAUUUGUCUGUCUGUGUCUUGGCUUAGCUCACUAGUGUCUGUCUCUGUGUCUUGGCUUAGCUCGCUAGUGUCUCUCUCUCUGUGUCUUAGCUUAGCUCGCUAGUGUCUCUCUCUGUGUCUUAGCUUAGCUCAUUAGUGUCUCUGUGUCUUGGCUUAGCUCGCUAGUGUCUCUCUCUCUGUGUCUUAGCUUAGCUCGCUAGUGUCUCUCUCUGUGUCUUAGCUUAGCUCGCUAGUGUCUCUCUCUGUGUCUUGGCUUAGCUCGCUAGUGUCUCUCUUUGUGUCUUAGCUUAGCUCGCUAGUGUCUCUCUCUGUGUCUUAGUUUAGCUCGCUAGCGUCACUCUCUGUCUUAGUUUAGCUCGCUAGUGUCUCUCCCUCGGUCUUAGCUUAGCUCACUAUCAUCUCUCUCUCUGUCUUAGUUUAGCUCACUAGUGUCUCUGUGUCUUAGCUUAGCUCACUAUCAUCUCUCUCUCUGUCUUAGCUUAGCUCACUAGCGUCUCUCUCUGUCGUAGCUUAGCUCACUAGUGUUUCUCUCUAUCUUAGCUUAGCUCACUAGCGUCUCUCUCUCUGUUUUAGUUUAGCUCACUAGCGUCUCUCUCUCUGUUUUAGUUUAGCUCACUAGCGUCUCUCUCUGUUUUAGUUUAGCUCACUAGCGUCUCUCUCUCUGUUGUAGUUUAGCUCACAAGCGUCUCUCUCUCUGUUUUAGUUUAGCUCGCUAGCGUCUAUCUCUCUGUUUUAGUUUAGCUCACUAGCGUCUCUCUCUCUCUGUUUUAGUUUAGCUCACUAGCUUCUCUCUCUCUGUUUUAGUUUAGCUCACUAGCAUCUCUCUCUCUCUCUGUUUUAGUUUAGCUCACUAGCAUCUCUCUCUCUGUUUUAGUUUAGCUCACUAGCAUCUCUCUCUCUGUUUUAGUUUAGCUCACUAGCAUUUCUCUCUCUGUUUUAGUUUAGCUCACUAGCGUCUCUCUCUCUGUUUUAGUUUAGCUCACUAGCAUUUAUCUCUCUGUUUUAGUUUAGCUCACUAGCAUUUCUCUCUCUGUUUUAGUUUAGCUCACUAGCAUUUAUCUCUCUGUUUUAGUUUAGCUCACUAGCAUUUCUCUCUCUGUUUUAGUUUAGCUCACUUGUGUCUGCCACGAGACAAGAAAAAAAGACAAGGGGAAAAAAAGGAAAACUCAGAGCCUCCUCGGCAUAUUCCGGAACCACAUUUGAAUUGGAAAUGAGAUGCAAAUCACCGCUGGGUAUUAUUGCCCCGAUUACUGGUUAGACAACAAAGGAACCACAUUAACAUGGAAUUUCAACCCCCCCCCCAUUAAUGGACUGAUACUGAAGAAAGAAGAGAAAGCAGAGGAUGAGGAAAGGAAAAGUGUGUUAGUCUGAACCAGUGUGCAGGAGGAUGUUUUAAGAUGGGUGUUGAGGGAGACAGCUGAGGCUGCCUUUGGGGGAGACUUUGUCCUUUACUUCUCGUGUUGGGCCAUUAUGUUUUCUCUCAGCUGUCAUUUCGUACAUACAAACAGAGUCCUACUUUUUCUACUCGAUAUGUUGUCUUAUUUUGUAGUUUUACUCAAAAUGCGGUAUUUGUUAGCUUCAAAUAUAAGGCUAAGUGAGCUUUAUCCUAGUGAGAUAUACAGUGUAAUUCUCAAUUUCUACUGACACAGCUAUACUGAAAUCUAUUUGAACUGACACAGCUGUACUGAAAUCUAUUUUAACUGACACAGCUAUACUGAAAUCUAUUUUAACUGACACAGCUAUAUUGAAAUCUAUUUUUACUGACACAGCUGUACUGAAAUCUAUUUUAACUGACACAGCUAUACUGAAAUCUAUUUUUACUGACACAGCUAUACUGAAAUCUAUUUUUACUGACACAGCUAUACUGAAAUCUAUUUUUAACUGACACAAGCUAUACUGAAACCCUCUCCACACUCUCCUGUUUCAUUAAAGUAUUGCUGUAUGCGGCACAUGACCGAAUUUGUGUUUUUACUCUGGUUUGCCCCACAGGAAGCAGAGGAAUGGGUCUGAGUCAGAGUACACAGAGAAACUGCAGCAGUACAGUAAGUCUCUACUGCCUGUCCUACAUUAUAAAGCUAUCCCAGGAUCCACAUUCUAACAGCCACCCUCUGAGCUAGACUUUGUCCCCAACAUCCAACAGUAUAUUCAUACACAACCGUGUCAACAAAUGUUUACAAAUAAUGUGUCCAAAGUCGGUGAUGUCAUAACUGGCUUUGCAAUAACAGGCACAUAUUACUCUGAAUGUCAGAAUUUGGUAGUGGCUGUGAAUCUCAUUGAAAUGGUGCCUCGACUGUUAAAUGUUCUAUUAAUCCGAUCCUUAUUCCACAUGAUGUUAUGUUACAGCCUUAUUCUAAAAUGGAUUAAAUACACAAUUGUUCUCAUCAAUCUACACACAAUACCCCAUAAUGACAAAGUGAAAACUGGUUUUUAGAAAUCUUUACAAAUGUAUAAAUAAAUAAAAACUGAAAAACCUUAUUGACAUAAGUAUUCAGACCCAUUGCUAUGAGACUCGAAAUUGAGCUCAGUUGCAUCCUGUUUCCAUUGAUCAUCCUUGAGAUGUUUCUACAACUUGAUUGGAGUCCACCUGUGGUAAAUUCAAUUGAUUGGACAUGAUUUCGAAAGGCAUACACCUGUCUAUAUAAGGUCCCAUGGUUGACAGUGCAUGUCAGAGCAAAAACCAAGCCAUGAGGUCGAUGGAAUUGUCCGUAGAGACAUGAUUGUGUUGAGACACAGAUCUGGGGAAGGGUUCCAAAAAAUGUCUGCAGCAUUGAAGGUCCCCUAGAACACAGUGGCCUCCAUCAUUUUUAAGUGGAAGACGUUGUUGUGAGUCGCUCUGGAUAAGAGCGUCUGCUAAAUGACGUAAAUGUGCCCUUGAGCAAGGCACUUAACCCUAAUUGCUCCUGUAAGUCGCUCUGGAUAAGAGCGUCUGCUAAAUGACUAAAAUGUAAAUGUAAAUGUUUGGAACCACAAAUACUCUUCCUAGAGCUGGCUGCUCAGCCAAACUGAGCAAUCGGGGGAGAAGGGACUUGGUCAGGGAGGUGACCAAGAACCCUAUGGUCACUCUGACUGAGCUCCAGAGUUCUGUGGAGAUGGGAGAACCUUCCAGAAGGACAACCAUCUCUGCAGCACUCCACCAAUCAGGCCUUUAUGGUAGAGCGGCCAGACGGAAUCCACUCCUCAGUAAAAGGCACAUGACAGCCCGCUUGGAGUUUGCCAAAAGACACCUAAACGACUCUCAGACCAUGAGAAACAAGAUUCUCUGGUCUGAAGAAACCGAGAUUAAACUCUUUGGCCUGAAUGCCAAGCGUCACAUCUGGAGGAAACCUGGCACCAUCCCUACGGUGAAGCAUGGUGGUGGCAGCAUCAUGCUGUGGGGAUGUUUUUCAGCGGCAGGAACUGGGAGACUAGUCAGGAUCGAGGGAAAGAUGAACGGAGCAAAAUACAGAGAGAUCCUUGAUGAAAACCUGCUCCAGAGCGCUCAGGACCUCAGACUGGGGCAAAGGUUCACCUUCCAACAGGACAACGACCCUAAGCACACAUCCAAGACAAUGCAGGAGUGGCUUUGGGACAAGCCUCUGAAUGUCCUUGAGUGGCCCAGCCAGAGCCCGGACUUGAACCCGAUCUAACAUCUCUGAGAGACCUGAAAAUAGCUGUGCAGUGAUUCUCCCCAACCAACUUAACAGAUCUUGAGAGGAUCUGCAGAGAGGAAAGGGAGAAACUCCCCAAAUACAGGUUUGCCAAGCUUGUAGCGUCAUACCCAAGAAGACUCGAGGCUGUAAUCGCUGCCAAAGGUGCUUAAACAAAGUACUGAGUAAAGGGUCUGAAUACUUACUAAUAACUUGUUUUUGCUUUGUCAUUAUGGGGCAUUGUGUGUAGAUUGAUGAGGGAAACAAUUUUUUCAAAUCCAUUUUAGAAUAAGGCUGUAAUGUAACAAAAUUUGGAAAAAGUAAAGGGGUCUGAAUACUUUCCGAAUUCACUGUAGAUAUUGUUUUCAAUGAUAACUGCUGCUUGACGGCCGUGAUUCAUGUGAUUAUUUCCGCUAUUGAAUCCCCUAUAGUCACGCCGGGAAUGAAGGUCUACAUCGACCCCUUUACCUACGAGGACCCCAACGAGGCCGUCCGAGAGUUCGCGAAGGAGAUCGACAUCUCCUGCGUGAAGAUCGAGGAGGUCAUCGGCGCAGGUAACCAACCAAAGCUCCUGAGCUACAGGGGGAAGACUGCUAGUCACCUCCAGGCCAUACCGUUAGAGGACUUCACGCCAAGCGGUACUUUCACUCAAUUCAUCAUCCCAACCCCUGCCUCGCCUCGCACCCCCCAGCACUAGCCUCAGCCCCCCUAAUCUAAAAUCUGCACUUACGCCCUUGCAAAAAAAUCCCCCCCCCCCUCUAAUUCGCUUCACUCACAAUGGUAGCCCUCCAGGUUGGCACCUAAGUGCCUGUAUGAUUGCUAGCUACUUUCCACACUUUUUGUCCUUUUAAACCUUUUAAUUUUAUUUUAUUUAACCUUUAACCUUUAAGAACUGCCCAUUCCUGAUCCUGGAGAGGUGCUCUGUAGUAGGAAGUUAUUUUGUUCCUUCAGUGUCAUUAAUUCAAAUCACUUCCAUUGAUUAGCUCCCCUACUUGAAUGUAACUGACUUAAUCAUCAUCUAGGAGAGUUGAUUGGCUGGGCAAGCAGCUAGAACAGCAGCCUUCCAGGGUCAGGAUUGGUCAUCUCUGAACCCCUCCCCCCCAGGUGUCUCAAGGGCCAAUGUUAAACGGGGCCACUCUAAAAUCCCUUUGACCCUUAACCUCAUCACCUUGUGGUUUGUAUCCGUAUGUGGCCGUUCCUUCUUGUUUCCCUUGCUCCUUCCCUUCGCCCUUUUUUAAUGUACUAGUUAGUAAUCUUGAAAUCAGAAAUUAUUAUAUAUAUAUUAUAUAAUGUUAGUAAAUUAUAUAAUGUUAGUAAAACUUUUGCAAAAAAGCUGCAGGACUGUUGCCAGCUCAGAGUUGAAUUCUUAGCCUUGUAUCUGAGCCGAAUGAAGACUUGUGAUGAUGGGAAGUUGGAUUUGAGGUGUACGUCACCUGCAGCCGAGCCCCCUCCACUCUACUACUACUACUACUACUACUACUACUACUACUACUACUACUACUACUACUACUACUACUACUACUACUACUACUACUACUACUGCUACUGCUACUACUGCUGCUGCUGCUACCACAACGAGGGCUUAACAUCGACUGCUGCUACUUGAACCCGUCGCUUCCCAGCCUUCACCUUAAGUGACGAACCCCAACCCCUGUCUCCCCUCCCCUUUACCCUCCCUCCGUUCCUCCUUCCCCCCUCCAUCCAUCCACCACCUCUCUCUCUCUCUCUCCCUCACUUCCCUUAUGUCUCUCGCUCUCACACACUCUCGCACCCGCUUGGCGUGUUAGGCCCGAGACGCAAAGCUUCCACAACCGCCAAGCUUCUCUCUCCUCCUGUCUCUUCUUCUGACCCCGCCCCCGCCCCCGAUCCCUCAGAAGCCUAAUCUCCCCCACCACUCCUUUACCCCCACCUAUACCCCUACCCUACCCUCCCACAUCCCUCACUCUCUUAUCAAGCUAUACCCCCCCACCCCAUACUACCCAUGUCCACCCAUUCCUCUCUAAGCUUUUAGUUCUCCCUCAGCCAUCCCUCACUCUCCCCCUCCUCACUCUUCCCCCGUUUUCUCUGCUGCUCCUAGCCACCGUACUCCACCCCGAGCCCCUAACCUCUCUCUGUGUCUCCCGCUUCCCUUCCCUGGCUCCUUGGUUCUAACCAGUAAACUGUCCCUCUCCCCUCUCUCUCCUCUCUCCUCCUCUCUCCUCCACUCUCCUCCUCUCUCCUCCACUCUCCUCCUCCUCUCUCCUCCACUCUCCUCCUAUCGUCUCCUCUCUCCUCCUCCACUCUCCUCCUCUCUCCUCCACUCUUCCGAUCCUUCCUCUCUUCCCCUCUUCAUCUGUCCCCUGUUCAUCGCUCUCACAGGGGAGUUUGGGGAGGUGUGUCGUGGGCGUCUGAAGCUGCCCGGACGACGGGAGAUCAUUGUGGCUAUCAAGACACUCAAGGUGGGCUACACCGACAGGCAAAGGCGGGACUUCCUGAGCGAAGCGAGCAUCAUGGGACAGUUUGACCACCCAAACAUAAUCCGAUUGGAGGGCGUGGUCACCAAGAGCCGACCAGUCAUGAUCGUCACAGAGUUUAUGGAGAACGGGGCGCUGGACUCUUUCUUAAGGGUAAGAGAGCCUGUGGAACACAUGCACACACACACACACACACACACAAACACACUUACAAGGAUGCACGCACACACACAUGCAAGCGUGCACACACACACAAAUGCACGCGCGUGCAUACACACACACACACACACACACACACUUACAAGGAUGCACGCACACACAUGCAAGCGCACACACACACACACACACACGCAAGCGUACACACACAUUAAAAAACCUGCGCUCUAUAAAACCGCCCAGAGAACUGCUACUCUUGAACACACUUCAUAAAUGUGUGUCUGUAAUCGUCACAUCAUCUGCACCACCACCCAGCAAAAGUACCAGAGAUCUUCAUAUUCCACAAAAAAACCAGAGCAUAUCUCCCUGAUCUUCAUAUUCCACACCCUCUCCAUCUCUGGAAAAGGCCCUAACCCUCGUCUGUUGCCAAUAUCAGACAAACGUGCCACUCCUCUCGCUGUCUCUGACAUUUACAGAGGAUUCACUCAGCUUUAUGAAUCACCGCCUCUCCCUCAAAUUAAACACCGUUUGACACUGAGGAGGAGACAGAGAGAGAUGGAGAGAGAAAAAGAUAGAGAGGGGGGGGAUACAGAGAAAAGUAGAGAGACGGUUGUUGAGUGGAGAUGGAGGGAGAGAGAAGCGAAGGGAUAGGUAGAGCGUUUGUGGGAGAGAGAGAGAGAGAGAGAGAGAGAAAGAGAGAGAGAGAGAGAGAGAGAGAGAGAGAGACGAGAGAAGAGAGGAGAGGAGAGAGAGAGAGGAGAGAGAGAGAGAGAGAGAGAGAGAGCGAGAGAGACAGGAGAGCGAGAGAGAGAGAAAGAGAGAGAGAGAGAGAGAGAGAGAGAGAGAGAAUAAAGAGAGAGAGAUAAAGAGAGAGAUACAGAGAGAGAUACAGAGAGAGAUAAAGAGAGAGAUAAAGAGAGAGAUAAAGAGAGACAGAGAGCAACCAAAUAGAGAGUGGUAAGGAGAGACAGACAGACAGAGAGAUUUUAUUAGAUUUUUGAUUGAUUAGGAUCCCCAUUAGCGGAUACCGGGGUCCGACACAUAACGAAAAAGACAUUACAGACAAAAUACUUUACAAUUUACAUACAUUUAAAAACAUUAACAUGUAGUGUGUGUGUGUGUGAGCAUCUAUCAGUUACACAUACAUGUCAGUACAUACACACAACAAGUAGGUCACAUGGGGGAGAGGCAUUGUGCCGUGAGGUGUUGCUUUACUUGUUUUUUGAAACCAGGUUUGCUGUUCACUUGUGCUAUAUAAGAUGCACUCAUGGCUCUGUAUAAUGCUGUACGUUUCCUUGAAUUUGUGGCACUGUGAAAAGACCCCUGGUGGCAUGUCUGAUGGGGUAAGUGUGUGUGUCAGUGCUGUGUGGAAGUUGACUAUGCAAACAAUUUGGAAUUUCCAACACAUUAAUGUUUCUUAUAAAAACAAGAAGUGACACAGUCAGUCUUUCCUUAACUCUUAGCCAAGAGAGACUGGCAUAUUAAUAUUAGCCCUCUGAUUACAAUGAAGAGCAAGACGUGCCACUCUGUUCUGGGCCAGCUGCAGCUUAACCAGGUCUUUCUUUGCAGCACUUGACCACAUGACUGGACAAUAAUUUAGAUAAGAUAAAACUAGAGCCUGCAAGACUUGCUUUGUGGAGUGUGGUGUCAAAAAGAAAAGCCUAUUUUUACGGACAGACCUCUCCCCAUCUUCACAAUCAUUCAAUCAAUAUAUUUUGACCAUGACAGUUUACAAUCUAAGUUAACGCCAAGUCGUUUGUGAUCGUCAUCAGAAUGUGAUCGGUAUUCAUUUGCCUGUUGGCUUUGCUAUGGGCAGUGUUGCAGGGAUCACAGUGAGGGUGAAACAUUGGAUUUGAACAUUUAUUUGUAGCAGCGAGCAUGACAGGAACAAGGGUGUGGUUACAAGGUCUGUAAUUAUGACUGUCACCGCCAAACGAUUCCAAGGUAUGCAUGUUAUUUUACCUGUGUGUGUGUGUGUGUGUGUGUGUGUGUGUGUGUGUGUGUGUGUGUGUGUGUGUGAGUGUGUGUGUGUGUGUGUGUGUGUGUGUGUGUGUGUGUGCACGCGUGCGUGCAUGCAUAUGCGUGUGUGUACAUGUGAGAGAGGAAAUAGAUUUUUUUUGAAAGAAAGCCCUCUGAUAAAAUCUAAAGCUAUUGAAUCCUUCUCUCUUCCCACUUUGUGAACAACCAUCUUUUCCGUCAGGGUUAUCCAUCCAACCUGUCCUCCUCUACACAAGCAGAUAUUACUGAGUGCCUGAAUGGGUGAGGGUAUAUUAUUGUGUCUGAAUGGGUGAGGGUAUAUUAUUGUGUCUGAAUGGGUGAGGGUAUAUUAUUGUGUCUGAAUGGGGGAGGGUAUAUUAUUGUGUCUGAAUGGGUGAGUAUAUAUUAUUGUGUCUGAAUGGGGGAGGGUAUGUUAUUAAGUGUCUGAAUGGGUGAGUAUAUAUUAUUUCUUCAUAGACUUCAGUAGCUGUGGUUGCUGAUGCGUAUAUGGUUGAAUCAUCAGCAUACAUGGACACACAUGCUUUGUUUAAUGCCAGUGGAAAGUAAUUGGUAAAAAAAUACAAAAGAGUAGAGGGCCUAGAGAACUGCGCUGUGGAACACCAGACUUUACAUGUUUAACAUUAGAGAAGCUUUUGGAACUUUGGCUUUCCUGUAUAUAGCCACUUUAUUGUGAUCACUGCAUCCAAUGGGUACGGAUACAGCUUUAGAACAAAGGUCUACAGUAUUAGUAAAAAUGUGAUCAAUACAUGUGGAUUAUCUUGUUCCUGUAGUGUUCGUAAACACCCCGGUAGGUUGAUUAAUAACCUGAACCAGAUUACAGGCACUGGUUACAGUGAGAAGCUUCCUAUAGCAACACCCUAAAAGAAAAGGCUUUAGAUGUGCCAGGUGAACCGGCAACCACAACAUUUCAAUAACACUUGACAUAAGAUCUUCUCUAAGCAUUACAUGGCUCUGAAUAUAUACAGCGACACCUCCCUCAUAAGCAUUCCUGUCUCUUCUAUAGAUGUUAUAUCCUUGUAUUGCUACUGCUGUAUCAUCAAAUUAAUUAUCUAAGUGAGUCUCAGAAAUGGCUAAUAUAUGAAUGUUAUCUGAUGUUAGCAAGUUAUUGAUUUCAUGAACAUAAUUUCUAAGGGGACAUAUAUUAAUAUGGGGUAUUUUCAGCCCUUUCCUGGGGAGCUUAUCCGAGUUAUACAAAACAAUGGAAAAGAGCAAACAAAGCAAGAGAAAAAUAUAUACAUUCAGCAGUCCAUUAAUUAGUUGGUGUGUGUAAGUGUGAGUGUGUGUGUGUGUGUGUGCUGCAGGGUUGAAGCUACGAACCCAUAGGCUUGGCUCUCUCAUCCCUUCCAGGAUUUUGGUAGGGAGGGUGGACAAUGAGCCUGUCAUAGCAGAUGUAAGCAAUGUCCUCACGCGCUCUGGCAGCUUUCAUGGCUGGGAUGUUCUUUCCUCUUCUGGCGCACAGCUUCAGGAUAGUUCUUGUUGAGGAAAAUAUACGUUCCUCUCAAGUCCUUGGCUCUUUCCAGAACGGCUACCUUGUCCUUGAACCUCAGGAACUUGACCACUAUUGGCCUGGGCCGGUCCCCUGGGCCGGUGGUGGAUUUUCCAGUUCUGUGGGCGCGCUCCACCUCAAUCGUCCUGUGGUCCAUCUUCAGUUUCUCCGAGAUAAUUUCCCUCACUUUGUCCUUAGACUCACUGGUCAUCCCCAAAGCCAACACCUCCUUUGGCCGCCAUUCCUUCCAGUUCCUGCUGCCAAUGACUGGAAUGAACUGCUAAAAUCUUUGAAGCUGGAGACUCUUAUCUCCCUCACUAACUUUAAGCAUCAGUUGUCAGAGCAGCUUACCGAUCACUGCACCUGUACACAGCCCAUCUGUAAUUAGCCCACCCAACUACCUCAUCCCCAUAUUGUUAUUUAUUUAUUUUGCUCAUUUGCACCCCAGUAUCUCUAUUUGCACAUCAUCUUCUGCACAUCUAUCACUCCAGUGUUAAUACUAAAUUGUAAUUAUUUUGCACUAUGGCCUAUUUAUUUCCUAACCUCCAUAACUUACUACAUUUGCACACACUGUAUAUAGAUUUUCUAUUGUGUUAUUGACUGUACGUUUUGUUUAUUCCAUAUGUAACUCUGUGUUGUUGUUGUUUUUAUCGCACUGCUUUGCUUUAUCUUGGCCAGGUCGCAGUUGUAAAUGAGAACUUGUUCUCAACUGGCUUACCUGGUUAAAUAAAGGUUAAAUAAAAUAAAUAAAUAAAAAAUAAUUGCAGAAUCUCAUGUAGAUAUUCUGCAAUUCCUAUUGUCUUGUUGUUGUAACAACUGCUUGUAGAACUAUUUGUGUUUGUUUAAUUGAUGCUUCACCUGUGAUAGACACCACUGUUCUCAACGGUACUCCCACCGGCUUUGGUCUUUGUCAUGGUAGCAAUGUAGGUUACACUGUUACUCCUCUCACUUCCAGACAGGACAGGUCACAGGGAAGAUUAAAAACAACAACAACAACAACAAACAGCAGGGAUCUAGACAGCCACAAGCCCGGGACAAUCCGCGAUCCCAGCCACAAUGGCUAACCGCGUCGCGGGCUGCGUUCAAGAAAACCCUGCUAGCUUUGAUAGGCAGCUAGGCUAGCUGCUACGCCAAACAGCUCCUCAGACCUGGCCUUGUUUGGCAGGAUCACUGGACAUACAGUAGCGGUCACAGCAACUGAUGCCAACCGCGUCACGGGAUCCAAGCUCAACAGUUAACUAGCUAGGAACCAACAUUUUUCAAUAGACUUUCAAAACUUUCCAAAACAACAAACCGAGCUGUCCCUCGUACCUGCGUUCAAAAGGAAGUGACGAUGUGUGUGUAUGUGUGAGAAUAAUAGGAGCAUGUUAAAUAAUGUUUUUUAUAUGAUAUCCCUUUCUAUUUCUCUGUCUGCCUCUGCCAGCUCAAUGACGGGCAGUUCACAGUGAUCCAGCUGGUGGGCAUGCUGCGUGGCAUCGCCGCGGGCAUGAAGUAUCUCUCUGACAUGAACUACGUUCACCGGGACUUGGCAGCUCGCAACAUUCUGGUCAACAGCAACCUGGUGUGUAAGGUGUCCGACUUCGGCCUGUCGCGUUUCCUUGAAGACGACGCCACGGACCCCACCUAUACCAGCUCACUGGUGAGUGUCUAGGACUGAGGGAGUCUGGUGAGUGUCUAAGACACUGAGGGAGUCUGGUGAGUGUCUAGGAUACUGAGGGAGUCUGGUGAGUGUCUAGGACACUGAGGGAGUCUGGUGAGUGUCUAGGACACUGAGGGAGUCUGGUGAGUGUCUAGGAAACUGAGGAAGUCUGGUGAGUGUCUAGGACACUGAGGAAGUCUGGUGAGUGUCUAGGAUACUGAGGGAGUCUUUGGGAGUGUCUAGGACACUGAGGGAGUCUGGUGAGUGUCUAGGAAACUGAGGAAGUCUGGUGAGUGUCUAGGAAACUGAGGAAGUCUGGUGAGUGUCUAGGACACUGAGGAAGUCUGGUGAGUGUCUAGGAUACUGAGGGAGUCUUUGGGAGUGUCUAGGACACUGAGGGAGUCUGGUGAGUGUCUAGGAAACUGAGGAAGUCUGGUGAGUGUCUAGGACACUGAGGAAGUCUGGUGAGUGUCUAGGACACUGAGGGAGUCUUUGGGAGUGUCUAGGACACUGACGGAGUCUGGUGAGUGUCUAGGACACUGAGGAAGUCUGGUGAGUGUCUAGGACACUGAGGAAGUCUGGUGAGUGUCUAGGACACUGAGGGAGUCUGGUGAGUGUCUAGGACACUGAGGGAGUCUUUGGGAGUGUCUAGGACACUGACGGAGUCUGGUGAGUGUCUAGGACACUGAGGAAGUCUGGUGAGUGUCUAGGACACUGAGGGAGUCUGGUGAGUGUCUAGGAAACUGAGGAAGUCUGGUGAGUGUCUAGGACACUGAGGAAGUCUGGUGAGUGUCUAGGAUACUGAGGGAGUCUUUGGGAGUGUCUAGGACACUGAGGGAGUCUGGUGAGUGUCUAGGAAACUGAGGAAGUCUGGUGAGUGUCUAGGACACUGAGGAAGUCUGGUGAGUGUCUAGGACACUGAGGAAGUCUGGUGAGUGUCUAGGACACUGAGGAAGUCUGGUGAGUGUCUAGGAUACUGAGGGAGUCUUUGGGAGUGUCUAGGACACUGACGGAGUCUGGUGAGUGUCUAGGACACUGAGGAAGUCUGGUGAGUGUCUAGGACACUGAGGAAGUCUGGUGAGUGUCUAGGACACUGAGGAAGUCUGGUGAGUGUCUAGGACACUGAGGGAGUCUUUGGGAGUGUCUAGGACACUGACGGAGUCUGGUGAGUGUCUAGGACACUGAGGAAGUCUGGUGAGUGUCUAGGACACUGAGGAAGUCUGGUGAGUGUCUAGGACACUGAGGAAGUCUGGUGAGUGUCUAGGACACUGAGGGAGUCUGGUGAGUGUCUAGGAUACUGAGGGAGUCUUUGGGAGUGUCUAGGACACUGAGGAAGUCUGGUGAGUGUCUAGGACACUGAGGAAGUCUGGUGAGUGUCUAGGACACUGACGGAGUCUGGUGAGUGUCUAGGAGACUGAGGGAGUCUUUGGGAGUGUCUAGGAGACUGAGGGAGUCUUUGAGAGUGUCUAGGACACUGAGGGAGUGUUUGGGAGUGUCUAGGUGACUGAGGGAGUCUUUGGGAGUGUGUUUUGGCAUCUACACUACCGGUCAAAAGUUUUAGAACACCUACUCAUUCAAGGGUUUUUCUUUAUUUUUACUAUUUUCUACAUUGUAGAAUAAUGCCAAGAGUGUGCAAAGCUGUCAUCAAGGCAAAGGGUGGCUAUUUGAAGAAUCUCAAAUAUAAAAUAUAUUUUGAUUUGUUUAACACUUUUUUGGUUACUACAUGAUUCCAUAUGUGUUAUUUCAUAGUUUUGAUGUCUUCACUAUUAUUCUACAAUGUAGAAAAUAGUAAAAACAAAGAAAAACCCUUGAAUGAGUAGGUGUUCUAAAACUUUUGACCGGUAGUGUAUGUCAAGUCUUGAAUGAGUGGUAAUAAAUAGUUUUUAUUGUGUGUGUUUCAGUGUUUCGUCAGUGUGUUGUGUUCUUUUUGGUUAAUUUUUUAUUUUUAUUCAAUCACAAUCUGUACAGUCAAUAAGAAUCACAAUGCACUUGCUGUUCAGGGUUUUGUGUGUGAAUGAGUGUAUGUGUAUGUGUGUAUACCUCAGUUUUACCUGGCAUCUUAUCAUUAUCAAACAUGACUCUACUGGUGUAAGUUUGUCUCACCCUCUCUUCCCUGUGUGUGUGUGUGACUCUGUGUGUGUGUGUGAUCCAUCCCCAGUAUUUCACGCUCACCUACUCAUUCGCAUAUCCACAGGGAGGCAAGAUUCCGAUUCGCUGGACGGCUCCCGAGGCCAUUGCCUACAGGAAGUUCACCUCGGCCAGUGACGUGUGGAGCUACGGCAUCGUUAUGUGGGAAGUGAUGUCGUACGGAGAGCGGCCAUAUUGGGACAUGAGCAACCAGGACGUGAGUGAAACGACUUUGUUUUACGUUCUCCGAUCCCAAAAUACACUGUAACACUCUCCUGCUCUGAAUCCCCCUUUCUCUCUUUCUCUCUUGCCUGGUUCCCUUUCCUUUUGCCAUUCAUGUUAUUUCCUCCCUUUCUCCUGCCCCCUUCUCUCUUCUCUUCCCCCUCUCUUCCUCCCUUCCUCCCUUCCUCCUUCCCAUCUUUCCUCCUCGUUGUCCCUCUAUAAUCCAACCUUCUCUUUCUCUUCCCACCUCCUAUCCCUUCUCUCCCCAGUCAUCACCCUAUUUCUUAACCUUCCUUAUCCUUUGUACGCCUCUUCAUCCGAACCCAUAAUUCCCUAGAAUAUAUCUGACCCAGGUCUGAUUCUAACCCGCUCUUAACUCAGAUCUCUCCUCUCCUCUCUUCUCCUCUCCAACCCCCCCAGGUUAUAAACGCUGUGGAGCAGGACUACCGGCUGCCCCCGCCCAUGGACUGCCCCACGGCACUGCACCAGCUCAUGCUUGACUGCUGGGUCAAGGAAAGGAACCUCCGGCCCAAGUUCUCCCAGAUCGUCGCAACGCUGGACAAGCUCAUUCGCAAUGCUGCCAGCCUCAAGGUGGUCACCAGCGGCACGCAUUCUUCCGGGUAAGCCUAUCAGCUAUCGCAACCAGUCUGACACAUCUCGGCCUAGUUAGCAGAUACCUCAAUCUGGUGCUAGUAGUGUUGCAGAACUCCCCAAAUUCACAAGUUUUCCAGAAUACCCAGAAGCCUAGAAUAUUCCAUCUAGGAUUUCUAGAAAUUCUGAGAAUUUUGGGAACGUUUUAAGAAUUUUGCAACCCUAUAUUCUGGUGUGAAAUAUAUUGCAUGUAUCCCAUCUUACUUCAGUCAUACCACUAUGGUACUGGUUUAAAGUAUGUAGCCUGUAUCCCAUCUUACCUCAGACAUACCACUAUGCCCAAAGGUUGCUAGUUCAAUACCACCUAGGGGCAUGCUUCAAUUUGUAGGCUAGAAGAGACUUGUCCCGGGGGUGUAAAGGCUUGGAUUUGUAGACUCCUCUCUUGUUUGCGUCUAACUCCUUUGUCAUAGUUAUUCAUAUACUGUAUGUAUGUGAUAGAUUACAUUAUAGAGAAUGAGAAGUCCUAUAUGUAUUGCUGUCUACUGCAAACACAGUGAAUCCCAUGGACUAGGGUUAAGUAAAAACAACAACCUGUGACCGCGAUACCCUUUGUCAGCCGACGACGAUAAUGACCUGAGUCAGGCCGACGACGACAACACUUCACUGGACAAAUAUCCUUAUCCAAAUGGAGUUACCGGAGUGCAUUGGAGUCACAGUGGCUCUGCGAUGCCUACAGUACAUAUUAUAUGUUCUCAAUGCAAAUGCUGAAUUACCGUUGCUCCAUAAAGCAUGCGAGGCGACCGUAGCUCCUACAAGGUAGUUCUUAGAUCGACGGCUUCACAAUGUCUAGAUUUAGCGACAUUCCUCUGUCGCAUUUGUGGAAAGCGCCCGGAGGGGGAGGGGGGGUGGGGGGGGGGGGGUGACCUACCCUGCUUCAGGAGAGUGCGGGGGAGGAGGAAUGGGGGAUCUGGAGCUGUAGUUAUGGCGAUGGCCCGGGAAGAUUAAGUGAGUGUAAUUAGCUAGAGUAAGAGCGAGGCAAAAAAAAGACGGGAACGCUUUUAAUUAGCUGCUAACAAGAUUUUAAACGGCCCAGCGGAUAGGUGUGCCCCCUACCGAGCCUAACGAGGGAGAAAUGAGUGAGAGAUGAGCUGCCGUGACAUCCGAUAUGUAGUGGUAGCUAGGCUACGUUUGUCACUGAUUGGCUGAUUGUUGUUUCAGUAUACACAGUACAGGUGGAGGUGUCCUCCUGUCAUGCGCGAGUGUGUGUGUGUGUGUGUGUGUGUCUGUGUGUGUGUCAGUGGCGGUCGGUGCCUUUUAAGAUUAGGGAGGUCAAAUAGUUUUUUUUUUUUAUGAGCAUAGCCUUAUUUCUAUUAUAUUGGAUCUCUGUCAUUCAUAUUCCAUUCACCCAGCUCCAUGAGACAUCGAUACGUUUAGGCUACUACUACUACUAGGGUGUAAUCAUUAGUCCCAAUAGUUGCAACUAAAACGAGAGUUUGAACAAAUAUCAAAUUUCGUUCCAUUUGCUUCCAUUUAAGAAGCGUUUUUGCAGCAGAAUGAAUGAUAGUCCCUGAUAGUCCCAGUCGGUAUUAGAUAGAACACCGCCUGUGUGGGAAACAACCGGUGGUUACCUAGGUUACCCAAUUGGCUCACAGCAACAACAAAAAAAACAUUAACCUUUUUCAAACACAAUUUUCUUUGUCUGCUUGUUUUAGUCAAUUACAAAACUACAUUUAAGAAAAGUACAACAUGUCUAAAGAUUACUUUUAAACAUCCCUCCCUAUCAUGCUCACUACUUAGAAAAAACAUAAUAUUGUUUUAUAAACGUAGGGCUUCCCUCAUGCCCCUUUUCAUGACGCUGAGUGAGCGCUAGCUAGCUAGCUACCGGGAACAUUAGGCUAGCCAAGACCAACGACACAAACAAAUGGACUGUACAGCUACAAGUACAGCUACAAGUAGUGAGUGGAGUUACAAACGGACUGUAAACAAGUUUAACUGUCUUACCUUUGAUUAUAUAUUUUCCUCACUCAUAGCUGCAUGUAGCCUACUUGGACACCAGGUCCCCACGUUUCCCACUUUUCCACACCGAAUAGCCUGAAGCCACAGGGCUCUUCUCGCAGGCUCUAUUUCCCUACAUGGGAGCAUUGCGAACCGUAGGUCGGGAUUUUUGACCUGGCUGCAUGUACAUUGAACAACACAGCAGUUUUUCGGCAUGUUUUGUUAUUUCUGUAUUUAUGGGCGUGGUCGAAGGGGAAUUCCUUAUUAUUACGUGAAUACCGACUGGGACUAUCACCCGCAACACACACAGUUCGAUUUCAGAGCAGCCAUGUAAACAGCAUCAUCACAUCUUCGCGCUCUCCUCCUCUCAUAUUUUCCCUUCGCUUGUGGACUUCAGUGCACAACCCAACAGCUGUCUGCGAACAGCCGAAAAUACCUCUCCAAGCCAAACCUUCAUAUCAUAACCGCUAACCGCUACACACAGCCUACAUCGUUGUCACCAUAUUAGCUAACGCCAUAGUCAACACAGCUACUAGAGCUGACGCGUUAGUAAACCCACAACCCAAUCCAUGUGUACAAUCACGCAGUACAGUGUACAGCAAGCAGUUUAGCAGUUACACCGGCGGGCCCCGGUGGCGAUACAUUAAUUAAACCGAACGCUUACCUUGACUUGGAGUGUUGAAUAGCCAGCUAGCUAACAUAAAUAUUAUUCCUCUCUGUUUGAGUCAGGUUGUUGAGUAGGAUAAAAUAGCUGCAUUAGCUAGCACAAGUGAAAGUGAAACUGAAAGAAAAAAAUACAUCUCUCUCUCUCUCUCUCUCUCUCUCUCUCUCUCUCUCUCUCUCUCUCCUUCAUUUCUUUAGAAAUUAAUUUGUCCAAAACUGUUCAAUAUUGUCUUUCUCUCUCUUUGAGAGUGCUAGCUAGCUGUAGCUUAUGCUUUCAGUACUAGAUUCAUUCUCUGUACCUUUGAUUGGAUGGACAACAUGUCAGUUCAUGCUGCAAGAGCUCUGAUAGGUUGGAGGACAUCAGUGGAGGCUGCUGAGGGGAGGAUGGCUCAUAAUAAUGGCUGGAACAGAGCAAAUGGAAUGGCUUUGAUGCAUUUGAUACCAUUCCACCAAUUCCCCUCCAGCUAUUACCACAAGCCCGGCCUCCCCAAUUAGGUGCCACCAACCUCCUGUGGAGGACAUCCUCCGGAAGUCGUCAUAAUUACUGUGUAAGACUAUGGAAGGGGUUGGGAAUCAUGAGCUUCCUAGGUUUUGUAUUGAAGUCAAUGUACUAAGAGGAGGACGGAAGCUAGCUGUCCUCCGGCUACACCAUGGUGCUACCCUACAGAGGGCUGUUGAGGCUACUGUAGACCUUCAUUGCAAAACAGUGUGCUUUAAUCAGUUAUUUGAUGACGUGAAUAUAUUUAGUAUAGUUUUAUCUAAAAAUAAUAACUUAAUUUUAGAUUUGUAUGAAAUUCACUGAGUAGGAUGGUCCUCCCCUUCCUCCUCUGAGGAGCCUCCACUGGUGUGUGUGUGUGUGUGAGUUUCACAACUCACUCUGAAGACAAACAGUCUUCCAAUAGGAAACAGGUAACCAACAACUGUCUUCCAAUAGGAAACAGGUAACCAAAACGUUCUUCCAAUAGGAAACAGUUCUGACCAAACCAAAACCUUGAGGAAACAGAAACAGUCAGAACACCGGUUGUAGAGUAGCCCCUCAUAACAUGAGACAAGCAGUCUUAGUGGCCUCUCCCAGUAGCAAACUACUAGCCUGAUCCCAGACCGGUUUGUUCGGUCUUUCCAUUGACCUUUAAGGAGUUGGCAAGACGGCACAAACAAAUCUGGGACCAGGCUAGAGCGCAAGGCUUCGGAGAGUGGCUAACAAUGGUCUAUUAAGAGGGAACAGUGUCUGAGGGUUAAUGGCAGCUAGCCCUCUGGGCCCUGAAGCACAGGCCUUAUUAAAGUUCACUCCUCCAUCUGCAGCACCCUCUGUAUCUCUUAUUAACUUGCUCCCUCUCUUUUUUUUCACCCCCUUGAAUUGUUUAUGAAUCUAAUGCCAUCGAGAGAGAGAGAGAGAGAGAGAGAGAGAGAGAGAGAGAGAGAGAGAGAGAGAGAGAGUGAUAGAGACAGAGACAGUGACAGAGAGGUCCUCUUUCUUCUCCACUGUUUCUUUCUGUCCCCCCCGCCCUUCCUUCAUUCACCCUCGCGCUCCUUCUCUCUUCUCAAACUUCCACUGCUGUUUAUAAAAAUCACAAGGUAGCCCCCUAUCUAUGGCAUCAAUUAGGGGUGGUUGGGUUUUUUGGAGAGUUUGAGGGCCUCGUUGGGUGUUGCCAGUUGUGUACACACACACACGCACAUGCACAUACACACGUGUUGAUAUUACACAAGCAUCUCCAUGACGUCUGGGAGAUUCUUGAGGAAAUGUCUUUCCACCUCUGCCGUAUUGUGUUGCUUUGGUCGUCACGCCAAAGAGAACACACACCAGGUGUGUGUUUGUGCCAACGUCUCCGAGCCUCCAAGCCAGUCUCCAACGGUAACCAACGGUGGUUACGUCGGGCAGAGGGGACAGUUGACCCUUGACCCUACGGGGGCGGCGAGGGGGGGCGAGGGGGAGAGCGAGGUGACGUUUUUUGGGGGGGGUGAGGUUUCGUUGGUGGUGGAGGCGAGGCGUGACCUUGACCCUCUCUCUCUCUCUCUUUUGUCUCCCUCUCCCCCCCCCUGCAGGGCAUCGCAGCCCCUGCUGGACCGUUGUGUCCCUGACUACACUACCUUCACCACUGUGGGAGACUGGCUGGACGCAAUCAAGAUGAGCCGCUACGGUGACAACUUCCUCAACGCCGGAUUUGCCUCCUUCGACCUCGUGGCCCAAAUGACAGCAGAGUGAGUGAAGAAAGAAAGAGUCGAUUCAGAUGAAUCAAAUUCGGGUUCGGUUAAGUUGAGUUCAAAUAGGGUCAUUGUCAUGGCUAGACAGCAUAGUUAUUGGUUGGGGGGGGGGGGUCUAAAAAGAGUUAAAAUGUGGUUGGCUGUCUGCAGUGUGAAUUAGGUCAGAGUUGGUUUCAGAGAAAUUUCAAGAUACACUUCGAAUUGUGGCACAUAAUGGAGGCUGUUGUUUUCACUGUGAUUUGAGUGAGAGACCAUUGGGGAUAAGAUAACACUACUCCGGAGCUUGACCCUGAGUGGCAACACAAGUCAAGAAAAAACACAACUUCUGGAGGCUUUCCUCUUCCUGGAGAGAAUUUUAUGGAGCGUAGCAAGGACCAAUCGUGGAGGGUUUACAAUAAUAGGUAAUCAGGAAGGGACCAAUAAAAAGGCUAACAGGAAGGGCACAAUGCACACUCUUCCUCCCUAGUUCGUGUCACGACACCAUCCCUUUCAGCAAUAAUGACAUAGAGUUGACCCAGAAUUGGGGUCGUGUUCAUAAGGUACUGCAACGUUUUGAAACAUUUCGCAAAUGCAAAAAUUAAAGUGAACGUUUCUCAUUGUACAAGUCCUGGUAGUCCCUCCCUGUUUCAGUCUGUUUUCUUCCAUUUGAAGCCUAAUGAACACAUCCCUGAUUUCAGAGCCAGGUUGGCACGUUAUUUAUAUAACAGGAAAUGUGUGUCAUAGAGGUCAUGGAAAUGGGGCCAGUUAUGAUCAAAUAAAGGAAUUAGGAUAAUAAUGAUUAAUAUAUCAUCCUCGUUAGGUGGAUAGACGUGGAGGUGAUUUGUUUCAAUUUGUCAGGCUGACAGGUGUGCUGUACCCACCUCUCCUACCUUUAAUGGCCAGUAAUUCCUCUAAUGGUGUUCAUUUAUCAUCAUUGUAUCCUCCGUCGCUGGAGUGAUGAGGGAUGAGGGAACAGAAAAACACCAUUUAUUUAGGCGAAAUUGCUGCCUUGGACGGUGCUCUAUUUUUUAGCCCUGUGUCUGUGUGUGUGUGUGUGUGUGUGUGUGUCUGUCUGUGUGUGUGUGUGUCUGUGUGUGUGUGUCUGUGUGUGUGUGUCUGUGUGUGUGUGUGUGUGUGUGUGUGUGUCUGUGUGUGUGUGUCUGUGUGUGUGUGUCUGUGUGUGUGUGUGUGUGGUGUGUGUGUGUGUGUGUGUGUGUGUGUGUGUGUGUGUGUGUGUGUGUUGUGUGUGUGUGUGUGUGUCUGUCUGUGUGUGUGUGUGUCUGACUGUGUGUGUGUGUGUGUCUGUCUGUGUGUCUGUCUGUGUGUGUCUGUGUGUGUGUGUCUGUGUGCAUGUGUGUGUGUGUGUGUGUGUGUGUGUGUGUGUGUGUGUGUGUGUGUGUGUGUGUGUGUGUGUGUGUGUGUGUGUGUGUGUGUGUGUGUGUGAGCAGAGAGUACGCAGACAGGCGCUGAGCCCUCGUGGUUUGCUAAUCGUUCGCCCAGACUACACCGUGGUUUGCUCUCUCCUUCAUUAUCGGCAUUGGGAAAACAAAGAAAAUAGUGGAAAAGAGAGUCCUUGUGAUAUUAUUCCUAACAAUCCGGUACAUGAGGCCUUUGAGUUAAACCAACACUGCUGAGACGAAUAGAUUACACUAAAUGACUGACGCCAGCCAAACAGGUGCAACUUUUUUUCAGAGCAGCCAUUCUAAAACCAUUCUUUAAUAAGGCUUCUGUGUGAGCGUCAGCAUUUUCAUAUUUCCUCCAUUGCAUCUGGCAUUUAGGAGUGAACUCUCCCUGUCCCCUUUUGAACUACGAAACAGACAAUUAUAUCUUUUUCAGGGCUGACCUGUAUGGUCAAUAGACCAAUUAGUGAAGAAAAAAAAAUCUGAAUUGGGCUGCCAGUCUAAAUGCAUCCUCAGAGAAACAGACAGUUUACAAGACUGUUAAGACAAGUCAACCUGGGUGACUGCUAUUGAUUAAUUCAUUGAUUGAUUGAUUACAAUUAUGGAUUGCUGACUGUUCUCUUCCAGUCUGGUCUUCAAAGACUGCUUUGCAUUCUAACUAACGAAUCACCAUGGAAUGACCAACCAGUUGACUCACUGACUGUGUAGACUAAAUGAAUCACCAUGGAAUGACCAACCAGUUGACUCACUGACUGUGUAGACUAAAUGAAUCACCAUGGAAUGACCAACCAGUUGACUCACUGACUGUGUAGACUAAAUGAAUCAGCAUCGAAUUACCAACCAGUUGACUCACUGACUGUGUAGACUAGUCUGUUAUAUCAAUAAGUGAUUGGCUACAGACUGGCUGGUUGACUUACUGACUGACUGGUUGACUCACUGACUGACUGGUUGACUCACUGACUGACUGGUUGACUCACUGACUGACUGGUUGACUCACUGACUGACUAGUUGACUCACUGACUGACUAGUUGACUCACUGACUGACUGGUUGACUCACUGACUGAUUGGUUGACUCACUGACUGACUGGUUGACUCACUGACUGACUGGUUGACUCACUGACUGACUGGUUGACUCACUGACUGACAGUCUACUGCAGGAAUGACUGACUGAAGGACUUCCUCACUGCUUGGUUUCUUAUUAAUACCUAACUUGUUUUUUUUUGUCUGCUGUCUGUCUGGCUCUCUGGCUGGCUGGCUUUCUGGCUGGCUGGAUCUCUGGCUGGCUGGCUGGCUCUCUGGCUGGCUGGCUGGCUCUCUGGCUGGCUGGCUGGCUGGCUGGCUGGCUGGCUGGCCCACAGUAGUGCUGGCCCACAGUAGUAGAGAUGACUGUUUAAACAUUAACCUCCCCUCCCCAUUACCACUGCCCCCCCUCUCGCCCACCUGCCAGGGUAUUGAAGUAUGUUACAUCUGACCCAGGUAUCAGUGUUACAUCUGACCCAGGUAUCAGUGCACUGAGGAGGGUCACCAUUUUGUUGACAUGACAUCUCUCUCUUUCUCUCUCUCUCUCUCUCUCUCUCUGUCUCUCUCUCUCUCUCUCUCUCUCUCUCUCUCCUCUCUCUCUCUCUCUCUCUCUCUCUCUCUCUCUCUCUCUCUCUCUCUCUCUCUCUCUCUCUCUCUCUCUCUCUCUCUCUCAUCUAUCUUAUCUAUACUCAGAGACCUUCUUCGGAUAGGAGUGACAUUGGCAGGUCACCAGAAGAAGAUUCUAGGCAGCAUUCAGGACAUGAGACUACAGAUGAACCAAACACUGCCUGUCCAGGUCUGA